UAUGUUCACAAAUAAAUGUUAUUUAUCGGUUUUGUUAAACGGGUGUGUAACUUUAUUGUCGGACGGUUUAAAAGUGAUGAACUGACUUCCGUUCUCGGGCAUCGUCAACCUCUCGCGAGAACAGAGCGACUUCCUCUUCGCACGGAACCUGCUUCCAAGAUGUCUCUGGUCAUCCCUGAGAAGUUCCAGCACAUUCUUCGUGUUCUCAACACGAACAUCGAUGGUCGGAGGAAGAUCGCCUUCGCCAUCACUGCCAUUAAGGGUGUUGGCAGACGUUACGCUCAUGUCGUCCUGAGGAAAGCCGACAUCGACCUGAACAAGAGGGCCGGAGAGCUGACUGACGACGAGGUGGAGCGUGUGGUGACCAUCAUGCAGAACCCUCGCCAGUACAAAAUCCCCGACUGGUUCCUCAACAGGCAGAAGGACGUCAAGGACGGAAAGUACAGCCAGGUUCUAGCUAACGGUCUGGACAACAAGCUGAGAGAAGAUCUGGAGAGGCUGAAGAAGAUCAGAGCUCACAGAGGGCUCCGACACUUCUGGGGUCUGCGUGUGCGCGGUCAGCACACCAAGACCACCGGUCGUCGUGGUCGCACCGUCGGUGUGUCCAAGAAGAAGUAAACUCCCACUUCCCCUUCUUUCAAUAAAACACCACGUUGUAAAAAA